GCUCCGUUUCGGUAAUCCCGGUGGCUGCUCUGGGAAUGGGCUAACGGGGGCAGAAGUGCGAAGGUACAAAACAACUGUGACGUUUCACAAAGAAGCUGUUAUCACCGGACAAAAGAGGCCGAAACACGACUGGGACGGAUUUCUUGCUGCUUCGCAGGGGCCCAGUCUGCGUCUUUCCACCCACGAUGUCUGGCAUGGUGUCACUGUAGUGGAGAGGACCAACGCCUUAGUAUCUGCAAACAGUGGCUCGGCCAGUUGAUCACCAUGCCUCCCUUAAGUGUCCGACCCAAGUCAAAGUCUGACUGUUGUCCUGUCUGGCUCGCCUGUCUUCUCCUGGGCCUCGCGGCUGCACAGGCUCACGCCAAAGAUGUCCUUACUGUACCGCAGCAAGUGAGCGUGUCAGCCAACAAGUAUACACGACAGCUUUCCAUAUCGUGGCUGGGUGGAGCAGCCACAACAUUUGACCUCAUGAUUCUGAGAACGGAACUCAAUGAAACUGUCUUCUACGAGACUGUGUCUGUGACAGUGAAUCAGGUCACUGGUUGGCACCAGAGGAACUGGACCUCAGUUGAACCUCUGGAAUGUACCUCGCUGUCGAUCAAAAUUCGCUCAAGAGAUGGAGAGACAACAAGUGAAUGGAGCGACACACAGAUACUCCAAGGAAACGAUCUCCCCAGCAAUGAAAAAUUCCAGAUGUACCCCCUGGACAGAGUUAUACAUGUGGGGUCCAACACCACCUUCUGUUGCAUUGUGGAAGAGGGGAAGCUCUUUGGUACCAUCCGCUACAAUGGCACGGCCAUGAAUACGACACGAGUGAGCAGACGAAGCUACGCCAUUACAGUGGUCAAUCAGGGACCAUCCAGCAGCUCGGGAACCAACGUCGUCUGUUACAACAGCCUGGAGGCUCUGUCUGGAGCAGUGGUGUUUGUUGGAUAUACUCCUCUACCCAGUGACUUUGUGUGUGAGACUCAUGACUUAAUCUCAGCUGUUUGCCAGUGGAAUGAAGCACGAGACACACACCUGUAUGGCAAACGGGGAACGCGCUACUCGCUGAACAAGAGGGAUUGUGGACAGACAAGGCGGCAGCAGAAGCCAAAAGUGUGUAGGGUGGAGCAGUGGGAGGGUAACUGGACACUGGUGGCGGUGAAUCCUCUCGGCCAGUACAGCCUCACUGACUCUGCUGAACUCAGUCACAGAGUGCGUCCUGUAGCACCAGCUGACCUGAACUCUGCCAUCAAUGCCUGGAAUGCCACUGUGCUGUGGCAGUGGACGUACAGUAGCUAUUCCUCCCUGGCUCUUGUCUGCCAGGUAGAGCUCGACUGCCAUGGGUCCAAAACAAAUCUUACCGUCUCUGGCGUGGGUCUGCAGUCUGUGGUCUUAUCAGACCUUCAUCCCGAUGAAGAUUACAGUGUUAAAAUCCGCUGUGGUGCCCAGCAGAAUUUCUGGAAGUGGGGAAACUGGAGCGAACCAUUUGCCUUCAAAACCAACACUUAUGUUCCAGAUGCUCCGGAUGUGUGGAUGUGGAUGAACAGAGACAACACUGGACAGGUCAUUUGGAAGCCUCUGACACGAAGACUGAGCCAUGGCCAGAUCACAGGUUAUGAAGUCACACUCUGGAGCUUUGACGAAAAUGUACAGCACACCCAGUUUUUCCCGCCAGAUGCUACUGCUGCACCAGUCAACCUUACACAGAUGGCGACCUUCAGCGGUGACACCAAGGUCAUAGCAACCGUUAUUGCAAAGAACAACGAUGGGUCAUCUCAACCUGCCAGUGUCACUAUACAUCUACGUUUGACAGAUGCAGAGCCCUGUGCUGUUUCCAGGGCAGUUUAUACGGAGAGCGGUUUCUCUCUGCUCUGGCCGAGCGAUCCCAACGCCACCUGUGGUUAUGUGGUGGAAUGGCACGAAGCCAUCUGCUCGCGGAACUGCCCCGUGGACUGGAUAAAGGUGGCCGCCGGAAACACUAAUGUCUCCGUAGAGUCAGACAACUUCCAGCUGGGUGUGAGGUACAACUUUUCCCUGUACAGCUGCUCCACAGAGGGACCAGAGCUGCUUCAGUGCUGGCAGGGAUACGUGCAGGAGCUGGUCCCUUCCAGUUCUGUCCUUCUGUCAACCAGUCAGCAGGCCUCUGAUAUCCUCCUGACCUGGGGAGAGAUACCACUGGUCAACAGAAGAGGUUUCCUCCUGGGCUACAACAUUUACAACAGUACUGGCUCUGAGCUCAAACUUCUAGCCAACCUGCCAGACAAAGAAAACAGGAGCUACACAGUAAAGGGACUCUCUGAGGGCUCACACAAGUUUACUGUCAAGGCCUACACCUCUGCAGGCGAGGACGCAGGCGCCACUGCCUCCAUAUCGCUGGAACCAUACACUGAUUGGCUGAUCCUAGAAAUCCUGACUUCUCUGGGAAUCACAGCCUUAUUCCUGGUCAUUGUCACCUUCAUUUGCUACAAGAAAAGAAAAUGGGUGAAAACGGCGUUCUACCCAGACAUACCUGAGCCCAAACUGCCUGGUGACUGGUCCAGGACACAGGGGCCGUUGGAUGUGAAGCCAUCUUCACACAGUAUCCUCCAUAUCGUAGAGAAGCCUGACUGGGAUUCUAGUAAAGAAGCGCUCGUCGUCAUACCUGAAGAAGAUGAGGAUGAAGAAGGGAUGGGAGACGAGCCAGUUGACACAGACGAACCAACGUCAUUACGCUACUACAACCAAGUAGUGGAUGAGAGGCCCAUUAGACCACGUUUCCCAGACUCCUCUGAUUCCUCUGCAUCUUCUUUGGAUUCGGCACGCACCGAUGUGACUUACACAGGGAUCCAGACCUCAGGGUCUUCAUUGGUCUUCCAGCUGGAUCCACAGGGCCACUCUGAGGGCCACCAACCUCACACUGGUCUGUCUUUUGGAGGAGGAGGAGGAGGAGGAGGGGGCUACCGGCCCCAGAUGCAAGCUAGAGGCCCAAGUGAUGACAUUUCCCUGGUUUCUCCUGAGCCUUUUGCAGAGCCCCAGGCUGCCAGUGCCGGCGGCUAUAAACCCCAGAGCUCCUGGCAAUUGGACUCUCCCGUGGAGGCCGAGGAAUGUGGAGGCCGGGCACCGUCUCUUGGAUCUCCCACCUCUGUUGCUUCCACUCAGUUCCUCCUCCCCGAUGGAGAAGAACAAGCAGAGGAGAAACGACAGCAGUCGUCAUCAUCAGCAGCAACCUGGUUCAACAAUCUGCUGUCAUCCACAAAACCAUGAUAUCAUCUCUGUCUCACUACUCGCAGCCAGGCCAGGAGGGGGGGUCCCCUUCUCAUUUCAUCAUUGUUACCAGUGUCAUGCAUCAAACAAUAUGUGUGGUGCUACAUCCUCACAUUUGAACUUUGCAAAUAUCAUAAAUCAGAAUAUGUAUAUUCAAAAGUUGUCAAAACAUUUCUAUUCUGAAAGAAAUCUCUUCAAAACAUUUCUUCAGACCUCUUUUCCACCAUAUUUAUUGCCCCGAAACCCCCUUCUGGCAACCUGGUGGCUGUUACAAUACAUCUCCCCACUGCCCUUUCUGUGACUCCCUGUAAUGGGCAUUUGGCAACAGCAUAUCCUAUGUUUCAGUCUAUCCAGUUUUUAGCUUACAUUUCAAUUUUUUUUUUGUUUCACCUGAUCCAAAUGACGGCUUAAAAAUAAAGGACACUUUUGUGAGAACACUACAAGAAGGCGGCUGAGUCGACAGAGAACCUUCCUCUCCUCACAGUAUCCUUGUCCGUCUCGGGUUAAUCUGGCCUGCGUUCUGACAGCCGACGAACGGAGAAAACCGAAACAUUAAUCGAAAGAUGCACUUAGGACGAAUUAGAGCGGUCAUUAUUUUACAGAUACAAAGAGUGGUGCUUUAUAUUAGAGUCUGGAAUUGUGUGGGUGAUGAGCCUGGUGGAUAUACACUGAUAUAAGCUAGAACAUGAAUGCAAACUGAUAUAAUUUAAUGAAUGAACACUAUUAUGUUACUUUUGAGUGUUUAUGUUUGUCUUCCUCAACCAGUAGAGUUUUAUUUUCUCUCUAUUUUGUUUUUACUUGUAUUUCAUUGUCAGGCCAGUGUCAUUUAUUGUGAAUAACCUUCAAGUUGAUGGUUGAACAAAUAAGGAGAAUUAACCUGGAUGGGUAAUUACAGUGUUUAAAUCCUCUUUCACACGAUGCCUGAAAAGUAUUUUGAUAACAAUGCAGUUUAGAACUUAUCAGACUUAUACAGUUGAUCACUCGAGGUGUCCGUUUUAAUUGAUUUUAGCAAGUGCUGAAAUUUGACAAACAUUUUUUUCUUUUUUACUUUUAUUUUCAAGCCCAUAGAGAUUAUUGUUUUGCUGUGCUUAGAAGCUUGUUUAUUUCUGGGGCUGAGUCUACACUACUUUUUGAUUUUUUUUAAUGUUUUUUAAUGUGACUGUGUUUAUCUCUUCAUUGCAAAGUAUUUCUAAAGCCACCGAGUAAAUUUGCAUUUGGAGAAAGGGACCAAGGGACCAAGGGGAAAGCAUACAUUAAGAAUGUUUCAUUUAGCUUUUGUUGACAAAAAUGUGGAGACAAAUUUUGUCGCUUGACAGCACUUUGGCAUCUCUGUAAUUGUGACACACACACACACACACACACACACACACACACACACACACACACACACACACACACACACACACACACACACAGUGUGGGUGUUAAGUAUAACAUUGGUAGGGCAUCCCAAAUGCAUCAUUAUGCAAAUAUUACCCUUUGACAUUGUAGUAAAGAGGUAACCAGUAUGUUUAUUUCAUGUAUAUUUUUCAGUUGGGCCUUGUCGUGCCUGUGUGGCAACCUGUGGUCUAUUGUUUCUCAGUGCCUCCAGCCAACAAGCUUUAAGUAAAACUACUGUGACGUGAAUGACGAGUUAUAACUACAGUGGGUGGCUUCACUGAUGAACUCAUAACAGGAAGGCAGUCUUCUUUGACUACUGAGAAAAAUGUAUCCCUCUUUCCCCCCAUCGAUCACUCAAUCUUGUAACACUGGUCUGAAUUUUAACUGAAUUAAUGAGGGGGGGAAAAAGUGGUUGAAAGAAUUUGUCAAAAUCUUGUACCAGUCAAGUUGAGUGAAGAGUUUUAUUGUGUGUGUGUGUGUGUGAUCAGAUCAGUGAUGAUCACUUCUAAGCAGUGGUAAAGGGUGGAUAUAGUUUUGAGUAUUUAAACAUGGCUGCACAUUGUUUUCCUUUGAAGCCUGCAUUCUCAAACCAGCAGAGCUUUGGAGACUAACCUAUGAACGCUAUGUGUUACAUGCUUUUAUGUUGAUGUGGAUCAACAAUAUGGUAUUUUUUUAUUAUUAAAACUAACUGUAAAUAAUUGUAAUUUUCUUUAAUUUGCUUACUUCUAACACUACAAAAUCUAAGUUUUACAUUGGAAAAGGUAUAUACCCUAUAUUACAACAUGCAGACUUAAUGUUGACUAAGCGGCUUUCUUGAGGGAAAAGGGCAAAUGUUUGUAAUGAGGACAUGCGAUAUAUAGAGUCCUAUAAAAUGUAGAACAUCACACUCUAAACUAUCUUUGUUGUGUGCUUAAACACACGGAAACCUUCUAAAAGUGUGUCUGAAAAAAAAAAAUCAUUUAAACAGAUUAAGAUUGUGAUCCUGUCUACUUCAUAGUAGUUUAGACUGCUUUGCAUUAAUAUCUUAUCACAGCAGUAGGGCCAGAGUACUCACCCUGCAGACUCACACAUGGCAACUGCUUAUGUGCAAUUUUCCCCUUCAUUCCAUUGUCCAUCCACAUUUUUAACUGGAGCCCACGUUUCCCCUGUAAAGCGUUACAAUUUGGGGGAUUUUACAGCAGGGCACACUGGCUGCCUUACACAUCUUCAUCUCUGGCACUACAUGUUGAGCAAAAUCGAUGCAUGCUGUAUAGAAUAUAACAAAAAAAAGUUGUUUGUAAAUCCUAACAGUUCCAUGUUUACAUUUCCCUGUAGCUUUAAAACACUAACACUAACUAAUGUUGUGCAUGGCAACAUGAAUUGAGUAUCAUGCAACCCCCCAAAAACUUGCUUUAAAAUUCAUGAUAUUUUGCAAAAAUAUUUUUGGUAUUCAUCGAAUGAAAAGAAGACAGUGAAGUUCAUCCAAAGUGAAUGCAUAAAUGUUAACACUAUAUUAACGCGUAAAGUGAAAUGCUACUUGAUUAAUGGCAAUAAAAGUUAUGUCUGGCCAAUUGA